AUGACCCGCGCCCAGCAGACCAUCUCCCUCGCGCUCCUCGUGAGCUCGCUCUACCUCGCCCUCUACCUCCAGCUCAUUCCUGCCCCUGCCAAGGUUCAGGAGCAAAUCAUCCCCGUCCUGCCCUUCUGGGCCCUCGUUUCCUUCGGCGCAUACCUUCUCGCCAGACUCGGCUACAACGUCAUGACCUUCAACGAUGUCCCCGAGGCGCACAAGGAGCUGAUGGCGGAGAUUGACGAGGCCAAGGCCGACCUGCGGAAGCUGGGUGUCGACGUCGACUAA